CUCCUCUCACCGUUUCCCUCAGUCUCUCACGAGCUUGUCAUCCCUCCUCCAUUCUCUCCCUUUCACGCUUCACCACAUUCACUCCUUAAUGCUCCGCUGCAUGGCAUAAACGAUUUCACAUCUCCGUCGCAUUCACCUCCCUUUCCUUUGGCUAUAUAUUCCACCAACUAUCGGGGUCUAGUACUCCCAUUCACUCUUUGGAAUAUCUUAUCCCAGCACCCUCCCUCCGCCUCGGCCUCCGCUGCCGCUCGCUCGCAUCGCGCGAAUAAUUCGACCACGUCGCAAAAGUAUUGGAAGCUCUAAUAAUCGAUCGAUUCGUCACUCGUUCCGAGAGAACCGCGUUUUCCGACUUCGCGCAUAAAAUUGCAACUCCAUCGCAAUGAAGACCGCUGCCGUUCUCUCCUUGCUGGCGGCCGUCGCCGUCGCCAAACCCCACCCGCACGGUCAUGCCCAAUUCCACAAGCGCGAGUGUGCCAACCCCACCGUGGUGGUGGUGUAUGAGCUCGACGGAGGCCUAAUUGACGAUGUCGAAGCCCAAGGGGGCGUCAAGAACGGCACCCUCCGCAUGGAGGACGGCGGCGAUGUGCAGAUCGCCGCCAAACCCGAGCCGACGCCCUCUCCUAGCCCGGCGCCCGCUUCUCAGCCCGUGCAGAAAGCGCAGGAGAAACCUCAAGUCUCUGAGAGCUCGUUUUCAUCGGGAGGCGGCGGAGAUGCGUCUGACUUCCCGGAUGGAGAGCUGGACUGCUCCGUGUUCCCCGAGAAGUAUGGCGCGGUCAAAAUUCCGUGGACCAACUUGGGCGGCUGGACUGGUGUGCAGAAGCCGAACGAAGUCAGCACCACGGGGUUCAACGACAUCAUGACCGUGACCACGAGUCAGUGCGAGGAUGGGAACUGCUGCGUCGAAGGCGCAUACUGCAGCUACGCUUGCAAACCCGGAUACCAGAAGGUUCAGUGGCCCGACAUGCAGGGAGCCACCGGGCAGAGUGUCGGCGGAUUGCUGUGCAAGGACGGAAAACUUCGGGUCACCAGCAGCAAGACGAAGCAACUAUGUGGAAAGGGCACCGACAAAGUAUCGGUCAAAGUAAAGAACAAGAUGGGGAAGAACGUUGCUAUUUGUAGGACGGACUAUCCAGGUACCGAGGCCGAAACGGUCCCUGUCGAUGCUCAGCCUGGUACUGAAGUACCACUGACAUGCCCUGAUGCGGACAACUUCUACAAUUGGCAGGGCACCAAGACCUCCGCCCAGUACUAUGCCAAUCCCGCCGGCGUGUCCGUCGAGGACGGCUGCCAGUGGGGGAAGCCCGGCGGAAACACUGGCAACUACGCUCCCAUGAACUUUGGGGUGGGAUUCCGCGACGGAAGUGCGUGGAUAAGCAUCUUCCAGAAUGUGCCGACAACGAACGAGAAGCAGAAGUAUACCGUCCGCCUGGAAGGGGACGGUAUGUCGGGGACGUGCGAGUACAAAGACGGACAGUACUGCAGUGAUACUGGAUGCAAUGAAAAGGGUUGCACGGUCUCGAUCGCCUCGGGCACCAUCUACUACAUCCUCGAAUAAGCCCGGGCAUUUCGCGCCUCACCCACGCUAUAUACUCAGUCAUCUAUCCCUUUUUUUGGAAGAGAACGAUAUACCCCCUUCUUCUUGUUUAUGAAUUUUCGGCCCGGCCUUCUCUUCUUCCGCGCCGCGUUCAUCGUUCCAGCGCGCGUGAGCGGUAAAUCUGUUUUCCAC